CAGCUUGGGAAGACUGUUGCCACGAAUGACGUGUGAGAACGUACGUGCGUGACAGGCCAAAAUACGAUAGCUGGGAGGCAAAAGAACGUGUACGUACCGAGGCGGCCGGCGCCAAUUAAUUGUCCAUCACAUAUUUUCUCACGUAUAUACACGUCACCUACGGCCUGAUAUGACGCAGAGCCUUGCAGCUCAUGACGUGUACCGUACGUGUAUAUCCUUGCCAUCGAUCUCAACGUCUUCUUCCUCCACAACGUCAACGUGUUGUCCUCCACACACUCGCUUGCUUGGCCCUGCAGGAACAGUACACACGCUCAUAAUAUAUAACCCAUUCCGUUUCUAAAGUUGCCACGUCGUCCAGUCCUCAUCAGUGGUCCUUUCGAUAAUGGAGGUACCAGCACCACCAGCAUGGGCGUCCCCCCUCGCGACGACGACGACGAUCCUGCUGGUCACGGCCGCCCUCGUCCUCGUGACGACGACCGUCCUCCGCCGGCGUGCCCACCGCCACCGGAAACGACAACGACAAGCGCCGCCGGGCCCUCGGCCCUGGCCGGUGAUCGGCAACCUGAACCUGCUAGGCGCGCUGCCGCACCGCUCCAUCCACGAGCUCUCGGCGCGGUACGGCCCGCUCAUGUCGCUCCGCUUCGGCUCCUUCCCCGUCGUCGUGGGCUCCUCCGUCGAGGUGGCCGAGGUCGUCCUCAGGACCCAGGACCUGGCGUACCUCGACCGGCCCCGCAUGGCCUGCGGCAAGUACACCGUGUACAACUACUCCGGCAUGCUGUGGUCGCACUACGGGCCCUACUGGCGUCAGCUCCGCAAGUUGUGGGUCACGGAGCUGCUCAGCGCGCGCCAGCUCCGCCUCACGGAGCGCGUCCGCGCCGAGGAGGUCCGCGCCAUGCUGCGCGACCUGCACCCGCACCCGGCCACCAGCACCACCAGCACGGCCGCGGUGGUGCUCAAGGAGCGCCUGCUCAUGGUGACGCUCAACGUGAUCUCGCGCAUGGUGCUGGGCAAGAAGUACGUGGGCGAGGACGACGCCGGCGGGCCGGGCGCCGCGGCCACGCCCGAGGAGUUCAGGUGGAUGAUCGAGGAGAUCUUCUUCCUCAACGGCGCGCUGCACGUGGGCGACAUGGUGCCGUGGCUCGGCUGGCUCGACGCGCACGGGUACGUGGGCAGGAUGAAGCGGCUGGCGGGGAAGUUCGACCGGUUCAUCGAGCACGUGCUGCGCGAGCACGGCGAGCGGCGGCGGCGGGAGGGCGCCGCGUUCGUGCCCGGGGACAUGGUCGACCUGCUGCUGCAGCUCGCCGACGACGGCGACGGCGGCCCGGGGGGCCUCCUCGAGGUGCCGCUCGACCGCGACGGCGUCAAGGCGUCCGUGCUGGAGCUCGUCACCGGUGGCACGGACACGUCGUCGGUGACGGUGGAGUGGGCCAUGUCGGAGGUGCUGCGGGAGCCCCGCGUCCUGUGUAAGGUCACCGAGGAGCUGGACCGCGUGGUGGGCCGCGACCGCCUGGUCGGCGAGGGCGACAUCCCCGGCCUGCCGUACCUGGACGCCGUCGUCAAGGAGUCCAUGCGGCUGCACCCCGUGGUGCCGCUCCUGAUCCCGCGGGUGGCCCGCGAGCACACGACGGUGGCCGGGUACGACGUCCCCGCGGGCACGCGCGUGCUCGUCAACGUCUGGGCCAUCGGCCGUGAUCCCAACGUGUGGGGGCCCGACGCCGGGGAGUUCCGGCCGGAGCGGUUCCUGGACGGGAGCAAGCGUAGCAAGGUGGACGUCAGGGGCCAGGACCUGGAGCUGCUGCCGUUCGGCGCCGGCCGCCGGAUGUGCCCCGCCCACGGCCUUGGGCUCAGGAUGGUCCAGCUCGUGCUAGCCAACCUGCUGCACGGCUACGUGUGGAGGCUCCCCGGCGGCAUGGCGCCGGAGGAGCUGAGCAUGGAGGAGAAGUUUGGGAUAUCCGUGUCUCGCAUGCACCAGCUCAAGGCUAUCCCUGACCCAAGGCUUCCGCAUCACGUCUACUUCGGGCCGUGAUGCUGCAUAAUAUCCGUGUAUGUGGUGGUUGGUAACGAAGAAGAGUACGUAUAGAAGCCAACCAACGAAAUAAUCUUUGAUGUUGAUGUAUCCGUCUCAGUUUAUUCAUGGCGUGUGAGUUGAACUGAUUUAAGUAUAAAAUUCAAAGUGUAUUCUACAUCAAACUUUUAUAACUAUAAA